AUGGCCAACAGUCUUGAGGCUAAGAUUGUAGUGCUCGGCAGCCAGGGCGUAGGAAAGACGUCCUUCGUGCACCGAUAUGUCAAGAACGCAUUCACACCACCUUCUACGCAGUCUACGAUUGGCGCGUCAUUCUUGACAAAGAGGGUCAUCGACGCCGAUACAUCCACAGUCGUCCGCCUACAGAUCUGGGACACAGCGGGGCAGGAACGUUUCAGGUCCAUCUCCAAACUCUACUACAGAGGAGCAAAUGCAGCUGUUCUCUGCUAUGACAUCACCGACCCACAUUCGUUCGAAGAGAUGGGCAGGUGGCUGAAGGAACUCAAGACGAACCUUGGGGACGACAUUAUCCUGCACGUUGUAGGAACCAAGUCCGACGUGGUCGCCGAAGACCCCUCUCAGCGCAAAGUCCCCUUUGAGCGAUGCAUAGCAUACAUCGCCGAGCAGUUAUAUCCUACGCAAAGCGCACAUGAGCACAGUGGGCAUCCCGGAGGUUAUGGCUCGGCACCUGCGGCUUUUCGCAGUGGCGCUACGGCAUCUCCUCAAAGUAACAGGUCCAGUGGAUUCUGGGGUCAGGACAUUGGAUGGGAUUGUUGCCAUGAGAUCAGCGCGAAGGACGGCGAAGGCGUCGACGAGGUGUUCCGGGUCAUCACGAGGAAACUGGUCGAACAACAGCAACGCAAAUUUGAGGCUGAGCAGAGACAGCUUACCAUGGCCGGCGUAACACCAGGUAUCGACGUGCACGGCAACACCAACGGAUACUUCGAUUACCCUGGAAAUGGAAAUGGAAGCUUCCGCAUCGGAGCGGGAGACAAGCGGCGAAGCUGGCUGGGAUUUCCUACUACACCUGGAGUGGGCGGUCAUCAGCAGGAAUGGGAACAAGAUAUCGAUAGAGCCCAGAAGUCGAAGGGUGGCAGAUGCUGCUGA